CCUUAACCCAAUGCUAAUCAAUGGAAGCAAUUAAGUUUCAAAACACUGUUCACCAUGACAGGAUUCUCAUAGCAUUUAUCUUCUUGUUUGUUGACCUGUCUUUAUGUUCUCCCUCUCAGACUCAAGGAGAACUUCCUUACAUGACCUCUGAUGUGAAAGAGGUGGCAGGUAAAUCCUUUGAUUACAUUGUUGUAGGAGGAGGCACUGCUGGGUGCCCCCUGGCAGCAACCCUUUCCGAGAAAUUCUCGGUCCUAUUGGUAGAACGAGGUGGAUCACCUUAUGGCAAUCCCUGGGUGAUGGAGAAAAGAUAUUAUGGUUUCUCAUUGAUUCAAACAGAUGAAUUUUCAUCAGUAGCACAAGACUUCAAGUCAGCUGAUGGUGUUAGGAACUGUAGAGGACGAGUACUGGGUGGAUCUUCAGCUAUAAAUGGAGGAUUCUAUAGUCGAGCUAGUGAGGAUUUUAUCGACAAGGUUGGCUGGGAUAAGGAAUUGGUUAAGGAUGCUUAUACCUGGGUGGAAUCUAAAAUAGUCUCUAUACCUGAAUUAACACCAUGGCAGACCGUUGUGGAAUUUGGCCUUCUUGAAGCUGGGAUUUUACCUUAUAAUGGCUAUAGUUUAGAACAUAUCGAAGGAACAAAGAUUGGUGGAAGUAUAUUUGAUGUAUGGGGCAUAAGACAUACCUCAGCCGAUCUUCUGAAGGCUGCAAAUCCCAAAAAUAUUGUAGUUGCUCUCAAUGCAACAGUGAAAAACAUCGUCUUCGAGGGCAACGGCAAUGCAAGUGAGACGACAGUGAAGGGCAUAAGGUUCAUAAAGAGUGAUGGCACCACGGAUCAAACAUAUGAAGCCUAUCUGAAUCAACCCAAGAAUUGUACUUCAAAUGGCGAUGUGAUAUUGUCAGCCGGGGCAUUAGGUAGCCCUCAAAUUCUAUUGUCAAGUGGCAUUGGACACCGUGAACACUUCAAGAAGUUCAGCAUCCCACAUGUGGUAAACCUGAAAGGAGUAGGGAAAAAAAUGAAAGAUAAUCCUAGUAUUGCUGUUUUGGUGGACACAAAUCCACAAAAUCGACUACCAGACCCCCCUCAAGUUUCAGGGAUUGCAAAAGACCUCAAGUUCAUAAUUGAAGGAGGUAUUAUACCGACAGGCUUCAAUGCAACGAGAAUGCCAAUAGCUGCCAAGAUUGCAUUCCCUGUAUCGGAAGGUGAACUUAAAUUAAGCAGUACUGACCCAAGGCAAAACCCUUCAGUGAAAUUCAACUAUCUAGCAGACGAAAACGACUUGGACGACUGUGCAAAUAUGGUACAUUUGCUUGAACGAGUAGCCAAGUCUGAAUCAAUUGCAUUUUACCUUGGUGUUAAACCUCAAAAUAACUUGAUGACUAGCACGGAUGGGCAAAGGAAAUUCUGCAAAGCGAAUGUGAGGACCUACUACCAUUACCAUGGAGGUUGCACGGUUGGAUCGGUAGUGGACGAUGAUUAUAAGGUUUAUGGAGUUAAAGGGUUGAGAGUUGUAGAUGGGUCAACUUUUCUGGAAUCACCAGGAACAAAUCCAAUGGCCACCCUCCUAAUGUUAGGGAGAUAUCAGGGGGUCAAAAUCUUGAGAGAAAGGGAACAUGUUUGAUGUUUUUCUUCUUUCAGUACUCCACAAAACCCUUCAUAACUCUGACAGCAAAUUCAUAUAUCUAUAUAAGAUUAAAUACCAUGCUGCUUUUGUUUUUUUUUUUUCUUUUUUUCCUGGAAUAUUCUUAAAAGCAAGAAAGAAUGGAAUAUUUCAGCGUUUGAAUCAGGCAACAGUACUCUUAUUUAGGUUAGUGCCGUAGUUGGUAUGCUAUAUUAUUUUGUUUGAUCUUAUUUGAUUAAAAUAUUAAGACUUUAGGUAAGGUUUGGUGUUUUCCAUAUAAUUUUAAUGGAAGGUAGUUUAUUGGAAUGUGAUUAGAAACUCAAAA